AUGUUGAGAAGGUUCCCAUGGAGACCAUCAAACCUGGACAUUCAGAGCAGCUGCAGUGACCGCUGGAUGUGGACAUUAUCUUGGCCAUUACUGAUGAGCGAUAAUGUGGCUGAAAAUCAUUCAACUUCUUCAAGACUGAAAGCUGGCCUUUCCUGCUGCAGCCAUUACACCUUCUGGACAUAUAAAACGCCGGGACCCUCCAAAGCUGCCAAGACGCCGCGUGCAAUACUGCGAGUGAAAAAUGUGCCUCCGAGAGCGGCCAAGACAGCGCCGAGCUCCGAGCUGGCCCCAAGCGCCUUCCCCAUCGAGAGAUCACAGAGCAGGAUCAGCCUGUCCGCUUCCUUCGAAGCCCUAGCCAUCUACUUCCCGUGUAUGAACUCCUUCGAUGAGGAAGACACCGAUGGAGAUGGCCGUAAACUACGAGGUGCAAUCCAACGCAGCACAGAGACAGGACUUGCGGUGGAGAUGCCGAGCAGGACUGUACGUCAAGCCAGCCAUGAGUCCAUUGAAGAAAGCAUGAAUAGCUAUGGCUCUGAAGGGAACUUGAACUAUAGUGGAGUCUGCCUGGCCUCUGAUGGACUCUUCAGAGAUUUCCUGGAUGGAAUGGGUCCUGCACAGUUUGUGGGGCGUCAGACACUGGCCACACCAUCGAUGGGUGAUGUGGAAAUUGGGAUUUUGGAGAGGAAUGGGCAGCUGGAGGUGGAGGUGAUCCAAGCUCGUGGUCUCACCCCAAAACCAGGCACAAAGUCUCCUCCAGCUGCUUAUAUUAAACUCUACCUGUUGGAGAAUGGAACGUGUGUGGCGAAAAAGAAAACAAAGAUGGCUCGGAAGUCCUUGGAUCCCCUGUACCAGCAAAUCCUGAUCUUCACUGAGAAUCCACAGGGAAAAAUCCUCCAGGUGAUUGUGUGGGGUAACUACGGCCCGAUGGAUCGCAAGUACUUUAUGGGGGUGGCUCAGGUGCUGCUGGAGGAGUUGGAUCUUUCGAGUGCAGCAGUUGGAUGGUACAAGCUCUUUCCCACCUGCUCCAUGGUGGACCCACCCCUGGCUCCGCUCCUGCGUAACGCCUCGCAGCUCUCUCUGGAGAGCACUGUAGGACCCUGCUGUGACCGGUCAUAA